AUGAAGACAGAGGGGCUCCCGGCUGUGCCCUUCAGUGGAAGGAAGCAGAGUCUAAUCGAAGAUGCUCGCAGAGACCGGAGCAGCAGCACCUCCUCCUCUCCGGGACCCUCCAGGCUCGGCGACAACUUUGUGUUUGAAGAGAAACAUGGCAGGGUCCCUCUCAACAUCCUCUUCACCCUGAGCAAUCAGAAAAACGCAGGCUUCUUCAAAACUGGAAAGAUAUUUGAAACAUUUGAGGCUAAACUUCUUCAUAUCGAAAGUCGACCUGGGAGGAAAGUGAAGAACAGCAGCUCAGAUCUAGAAUUUUUUCUGAAAUGUGAGGUUCAUAGCUCGGACCUGGAAGUGUUUAUAAACUCACUAAAGAAAGUGGCAGAUGAUGUGCGCACAAUCCCAGAAGAAAAGGUUCCCUGGUUUCCCAAACAAAUUAAAGAUCUGGACAGAUGUAACAUUUUAAUUACCAAAUUUGAUCCUGAAAUGGACUGCGAGCACCCUGGAUACAGUGAUCCAGAAUACAGGAAAAGACGUGCAUAUAUUUCUGAACUGGCCUUUGGGUAUAAACAGGAGGACCCAUUACCUACAGUGGAGUACACAGCAGAGGAAGUAGCCACAUGGAGAGAGGUUUACCUGAAGCUUCGCAGUGUUUAUCCAGGUCUGGCCUGUCGCCAGUUUCUAGACGGCCUGCAGCAGCUGGAGGCAGAGUGCGGCUACAGCGAGGAGCGCAUCCCUCAGCUCAGAGACAUAUCUGCCUUUCUGAAAGAAAGGACGGGUUUCCAGCUGCGUCCUGUCGCGGGCCUUUUGUCAGCCAGAGACUUUCUCGCCAGUUUGGCUUUCAGGGUGUUUCAGUGCACUCAGUACAUUCGCCACUCUUCUGCACCCAUGCACUCUCCUGAGCCAGAUUGCUGUCAUGAACUGCUCGGCCAUAUUCCCAUGCUGGCUGAUAAAGAGUUUGCACAGUUCUCACAGGAGAUUGGAUUGGCCUCACUUGGAGCUUCAGAUGAAGAAAUUGAGAAGCUAUCCACAUUGUACUGGUUUACUGUGGAGUUUGGACUGUGUAAACAAAAUGGAACUGUAAAAGCGUAUGGAGCAGGACUACUUUCAUCUUAUGGAGAAUUAGUUUAUGCUUUAUCCAAUGAGCCAGAAUAUAAGACAUUUAAUCCAGAGGAAACUGCUGUACAGCCAUACCAGGACCAGACAUACCAACCAGUUUACUAUGUGUCUGAGAGCUUUGAAGAUGCCAAAAUUAAAAUGAGGCGGUAUGCUGCCAACAUCAAGCGUCCAUUUGCUGUGUGUUAUGAUCCAUUUACAUGCAGAGUGGAAAUCUUGGACCAGCCUAAUAAGAUCAAGACUGCCCUGAGCCAAAUGAGAGAAGACCUUAAGACUCUACAGAGCGCAUUGGAAAAGCUCAGCUUGUGA